AUGCCCUUUUUGAACUUCUUAUCCAACGACAACAUUGGUCGGCUUACGCAAAUGGCCACAGAAAUUGUUGCCACGGCGGCGAAGAACUCUGCAACUGCUAACAUUGAUGCCCUGACGAGGCCAGGACAUCCGGAACCGGGCCCUGUUUCACUUAAUUCGCGACCUUCUGAAAUGAUUGGCCAGUCGAUCACAAAUGCUAUUUCACCCAGCAUUUCAAAACUUGCGGAAGCUUCGACAACGCACGAAAAUCGUGGCCUAGUGGCAGCGCAGCGCCCGGGCGGUAGUGUUAAUUCACUGGUUAAUCUCGCCGAAGCUUUCUUUCGUCCACCAGCGAUUAAGAAACAGCCAGGAUUCACUGCGAAACCGCAGAUGCGCGUAAAUGAAGCAGCAGAUAUUGAUUUGGUACCAAGCAUCCGAGAGCUGGCUCCAGGCGCCCGAACUAAUUUCGGCCUGCCAAAAGGCGAAGGAUGUCUUCCAUUUUUGGGCGAAUUCAUGCAGAUGGCUUAUGGAAAUUGCGUGAAAGUGGCCGACGAAAAAGCGUGGGACACGUGGGGCAGCCAAAUCAACAACGCUUUGUUCGGUGGCAAAGUGGACUUGAUUAGCGCAACGAAAGAAACAUGUAAACGAGGUGCGGAACGGCAGCACUGCGGUCAGUUGAGGAAAACGAUCAGCCAGUGUGACAUUCUCGGGUCACUGCAAGUUGGCAUCGAAAUGCAGCGGGCAAUGCAACGUUGUGACGAAUUUUCGGGUAUCAUUGACCAGGUAACGUCUUGAAU